CGAGCUCAUUAGUCAUUUCCUUGCAUAAGCCUUCUUGAACUGAACCAUACUGUUGACUCUCUCUUUCCUUCUCUGCAACCUUUCAGAUUUUUUAAGAUUUUGCCUCGAGUCAACUCUCUGUUUCUUUGGAUCUGAGCAAAGAUAGUUGUUUAAUUUUUCGCUGAUUUAUAGUUCUGAUUUUUGGGAAGAGCUAGAGUGAGCUAGCCUGAACUGGUAUUGCUUAAUUAAGGAAAUUUGAGUAUCCAUCUUGGUAUCUGUGGUCAAUUAAUUGUGGAGUGACAGACGACAAUAUGCCUUGGUUAAGUCGAUCAGUUGAUGUGUUCCGCAAUGUUGUUCGAUUGAACUUAUAUUGCAGGGUUAUUCUGUAAAUUAUUACUCCUACAGAACCUUAAUCUUUAGGCGCUUGGCUUGUUACUAUUUUCCAAACUGUUUAUGUGAUCCAAUCACUUUUUGUCUUCUAUUGCCCUAUCUAUAGGAUUAGUAAGAUAAUUAAAAAAAAAAAAAAAACUUGGUUCAGUUGAAGUUUCUUCCAGUUUCCUUGUAUGAUCUUCACCUUUUUUAGUUCAAAUUUCAUUUCAACCUCACUUUGUUUCACUAAUAGUCCAAUCCAUUUUUCAUCUCCAUAUCAAGCUUUCCAUUAUUAGGCAUUUGUUUUGUGGCAUCAAAUAUAUCUGAAUAGAUUGUAGUUCUGAGGGGUCAGAAGAAGUUAUGGUGUGCCAAGCAGCAAGUCAAACAAGAUUUCGGGCCUUGAAGUAUGAGAAUGGAAUUGCUGGAAAACCAACAAUAAUAGUUAGAGUCAUUGCAUGCUAUCAACCAUUGCAGGAUUGCCAGGCUGAAUACUUCAGACACUUGCUUAAACCUGUUACGUAGAUUGUUUUGCACAUUGUGUUAAUAAAAUCAAGCUGGAAGUGGUAGUUUCUCCUUUUCUGUGUUUUAUUCCAUUGUUCGUGAAAGCAGCAGCAAAAUAAUUCAAUAUUCCAUAUCAAAGCUCGAAUCUUGGUAAGUCCUGUGGCUGGAUGGUUAAGACCAACAAUCCUUGGUUGUUCCCACCACGUUUUACUUUGCAAUUGCCAGAUUUCAAUUUCAUGAGCACAUCAGUUGAGCCCGUGCAACCAGGAUGUCUGCCUGCAUAUGUGAACCCAGGCACGUACACAUUCUCUGCAAAUAUGACAACGGCGGGGGUUGUUGUUCCAAGUCUUCCAAGUUCGAAGGCACAACAAAACAAUGGAGCCCAAGGCUUGCCUCGACCCCCUUCCAUCCAGAAUUUGGUUCCUACUAUAAACCCAUAUCUUAGAGAAAACCUAUCUGUGUUUUCUAAUGGGUUUCCUGGGGAGGUUCCACCAAAUGCUGUCCCUGGAUGCCAACGGAAAUUUGUUAUUUUUGACCAGUCUGGGAAUGAAACAAAGUUGAUAUAUAGUUCAUUUUUCCCUACUGCUACAAAACCUAUUACCGAUUCUUUUAUGCGCUAUGAAGAACAUGCAGCAGCAAAAAUGGAUCAAAUCAAUUUCACAGUCCCAAAGUUGCAGGAGGUGUCAGAUGAGAAUCACUUGAGUGGUGAAGAAAGUGAGAUGCAUGAAGACACAGAAGAAAUCAAUGCUUUGCUUUACUUGGAUGAUAGUGGUUAUGAUGAUGGCGGCGAUGAUGAUGAAGUAACAAGCACUGGCCACUCUCCCAGUCUGAUUAGAAGUUAUGGGAUGCGAGGACAAGUAGAAGAAAUGACAGAGGAAGUUGCUGAUUCUGAUUGCCAAAACAAAAGGCAGAAAUUGCUUGAUGGCGGGUACAAAAGAUCAUCAUUAGCGAACACUUGUAGUUUGACAAAAGUGGCGGGAGUUCAUAGGUGUGAUGAUGAUGCAAAAUCGAGCUAUGUGAUUGGGCAAAACCGAGAAGAGGAAAUGGUUGCCAUUUUUGGCAACAAGCGAUUGAAAAAGGAUGAGGUUUGUGCAACAUUAAAAGUUCUGGAGAGCAUAAUCCCAGGUGCAAAGGACAAGGACCCAUUGUUGGUCCUUGAUAUAGCUAUAGAUUACUUGAAUUCUUUAAAGCAUGAAGCCAAAAAUUCAAGGUGUUAAUUACAGUUAAGUUUCACUCCCCUCUGCUUCCAUAUUAGAAUGUUGGCUAGAAAGUUGGAUGGAAAGAAACGAAGAAAAGUAGCAACCCAAGAAUUCUUGCUUGAAUGAUUGAUGAGUUUGAAAGCACUAUAGUAUCUUUUCUAAUGUGGGGUACUUAUUCAACUUUUUUCUUCAAGAGCUGUAUAUAAUGUGCCAAUAAACGGAGAGUAGUGGGAUCAGAUGACAUAUCAGUUUUGCUUGCAGGAGGUGAAGGGAAAAAAAUGGUGUUUUGUUUGUUGACCAGAAAUGAUUAUCUUUUAGCUUUACUGUGGAUUAAAGCUUAACAGAAGUCAUAAAGAUUUGAACGCAUGGGAUGAUCGAAGUAGUGGACUGUGCUGGAAAUGAGGACUUUCUUUUCCCUGAGUGUUGAGAACCCCUAUGGAUUUAGUGCAUGCGCGUUAGGUAAUUAGGGUCCCACUAUCCACCCUUGCUUUUCUUUGAUUUUAUAUAUAUAUAUAUAUAUAAAGAUCUGCAUUUGUCUUCCUCUCUUUACCCUCGUCCAUGGUGGCAUUAAACUCUAUUAAAGUACCAAGAAAGUUUCAGAUGGGACUACUGUAGAGAAGCAUGGUGUCUCACCAUGAAGUUGUGGGGGUCCACUUAUCAAAUUAUCUCUUUACUUGUAUGUUUUCACACGUGAGUGGUGUUUGAACAGUAUAUGGUGGCACCAUGUGAAGUCCUUACUUUCCAAAAUGGAUGUGUCAGCUUUGUAUGCUUCUUUCUGGUUGUGAUUGUGAAUUUGGUGCUAGUGAUAAAUGGAGUGGAGUGAUUUUUUUUCAUUUGAAUAAUGCAUUUCAAUUUGGCUGUUUUUCCC